CAUAAUAUAUAUAGAUGGGUCAAGCCAUUGACACCUCUUUCAAAUCAUUUCCUUAAUGGUAAUCCUGAGCUUUGUCUAAAAUUUGACUGAUUACAUCACAAUCGUGUGGGUGACGACGACAAAACUUCAAGUACAUGUAGUGUCUUAAUAAUACACAGCACGAAUUCAAACUAUGAAAAAAUAAUGAGUUUUGAAUGAAUUUUAGAGACUUAAGGUAGAUAUCAAUACACAUUACUAGUCAUAAAAAUAUAUGAAGAUGUUUUUUGCGUUAGGGAUUUUAGUUUCAUGUUUUCUCAAGGAAUUCAUGUGUGCCAACCCUGAAAAUGUACAGAGCAGUUCGUCAUUCCAAAGACAUCUUAAAUUUGCGAACUUUUUGAGUUCCAUAACAGGUAUCUGAAUCUCACGCCUUUUAAAACUCUUGAAGUUAAGACGUACAAAGUUUGCCUUGUUGAUUGUACUGAAGAUGAAAGAUGCAUUUCUUUAAAUUUUGCGAAACGUAUCAGUCCUAGUGGGCUUCAUUUGUGUGAAAUGCUUGAUACAGACGUGUUUAUGAGUGCACGAUUCAACUGGACAACUUUCAACGAAACCGCAGACUUUCAACACUUUACAAAACAUACGCACUGUUUGUCCUCUCCAUGCAAGAAGGAGGAACUAUGUCUUCCAGACUAUGAUGCAAACAACCACACAUGUAAAGCGUGUAAAGAACUCGGAGUGCCAGAAGGUUUAUCUGAAUGGAGUGCGUGGUCAAAAUGCGAUAAGCUCUGUGUCACUGGUAAACAGCGAAGACAAAGAAACUGCAGCAACCCAAGAGCGACCUGCAAUCGAUGUGAAGUUUUAUCUAAAACACGUGAUGAGAAAGAAUGCAAUUUUUGCCCAGAAAGCCCUAUCAGGACCUAUGAUAAUUAUUGCGUACAACCUAAGAGUGGUGACUGCAAUCCUGUUCAAGAUACAAGCACGUGGAGCCACUCCCUUAUCAUGAAACGAGCCGAUGAGAGCUGUUCAGCGAAGCAUUUGAAUUUCAUCUUCGAUAGCGAUGGCAGGAUAUAUCAUAAAUGCAGUGGGAAGGUUGUUUGUCCACAAGGAAACGGUAGCCCUUGGAAUGGUCAAAGACUUGUCUUGAUGGAUACAUGUCCAGAAGACAUUGUAAAGCACAAGAGACUUCCAAACCACGUACUUCAAAAUACAAAGAACGAUUUGUGUGUCCAUCCCUAUGGUGGCUGGCCGGGUGAGAACGUAUAUCUGAACUACUAUGGCGGUUGCAGCGCUCAGCAAUUAGCACUCAACUUUUUCAAACUUUCUCCUCCUUGAAGUGCACCAAAUAUGAUAUUUUCAAGUCCAAGUUGAACUAUGUUGUAAAAUUAAUGAUUACUGGAUUAAUUUUUGAAUACAGCAAGCCCACAUCCUAUAGGAAAUAGUCACAGGCAUUUCAGUAGUCGCAGAGAAUAAUACGCAAGCUAGCAAAUACCACUCUUCAAUUUGUGUUGUUUGUCAAAAAACCUUUAAUGAAACAUUUACACUAAAUGAAGAAUUUUAUGAACAUUUUCAUUUGAAUCAAAUGCAAACAAUGUCAUUCCAGAAAGACCUGUACAGGGUGUGUGCUGGGGUGGUUCAAGGGGUUACGGAAGGCGAAGUUUUUGAAUCUUACAAAUUAGUCACACAUUUUCGGAUACUACAGCAGUUUGUUCGGUGUGAAUCCAAAACAAUACUCGAACAAUGCCGAUGUCAAUUGCAGUCUUAGAAAAUUGUAAGUCGUCAAAGCUGGAAUAUAUCUCCCUCAUGAAACCCCUGCACAGGCCCACACAUUUACAAGUAACGUUGGGGAAAAUGUAGAUAGCUAUUCACAAUAAAAACUACAA